UUUUCCAGUUAAACCCCACAAAACCGUUUCGGCAUCCCGCCCAGCUAUUCUCCUCCUUCUUCCUAAAACAUCUCCUCCUAGGGUUUCUUUUCCUCUUCCAUGUUUCCCGAAUCUUGAAUUAUCCGAUUCCCACUCAAUUCCAAUACCCUAGAAUUCUGACCCGACCUUGCACUGUCUCGAUGGAGGAAGGGAGCAGCCGUGGCGGAGGAGAAUCGUCAUCUUCAAGGUUAACGCCGUCGUAUGUGAAAUUAGGAGACAGGCAAAUAUUCACUGUGGAGCUCCGACCCGGAGAGACAACAUUCGUGUCGUGGAAAAAGCUUAUGAAAGACGCCAAUAAGGUCAAUAGUGGAUCCGCACCCCCCGCACCAGACCCGCCUCCCGUUAACGCUCACCCUAACCUCGAGUCUCGAAUUGCCCCCGCACCAGUGACUGAAAAUGAAGUGAAUGAUGACCCUCCUCCAAAUCGUUUCAGUGCGGUAAUCGAGAAGAUUGAGCGUCUUUACACGGGUAAGGAUAGCAGCGACGAGGAGGAUCUAAUGGAUGUUCCUGACGAUGAUCAGUAUGAUACAGAAGAUUCUUUUAUUGAUGAUGCUGAGCUGGAUGAAUACUUUGAAGUUGAUAAUUCAGCAAUAAAACAUGAUGGCUUCUUUGUUAACAGGGGGAAGCUGGAACGCAUAAAUGAACCUCCUGUUGUGCCAAAUGAGAAACCGAAGAAAAGGCAAAGAAAAGAUUUAUUAAAGGCACCUAAUGACUCUGACGAUGGUCGCAUUUCAAAUAAACUUGCAAAGCUGGGAAAGUCAACUGUGGAGAAGUUGGCACCGCCUCCUGGAAAGAACUCUUCAAACCUGUCUCAAAAUUUGACUUUGAUAAGUGAACAAUACGAGAAUGUAAAGUUCCAGAGUCAAUCAAAUUCACCUGGAAAUUCUUCCAAAAAGAAAUCUGCAGAAACUAAAAUGAAGUUGGAUCCGUCUUUGUCAGUGAGAGGUUCAAAUGGUGAUGCUUAUGCAUCCCUGGCAGAAACACAGGAUAUUGAAAAGUCAAAGACAGGAGGCCUCCAGCCUAAGAACCUCACUAGCAAACCUAAAGAUGCAAGUGGACUCUCUGAUUCUUCAAAUCAGAAGUCUCAUGAAAAAAGUGCUUAUGUGCAACCCAAGUUGCAAACUGCAAAAACGGUAAACAAUGCUGAAGAUCUUGAAUCAUCAGUUAGAUCAAAAGAAAAGAAUGGGAAAACUUCACAUGUCCACAGAAAGGAUGGUUCUAGUGUCAGGCCUAAAAGUUCAAUACUAGAGAAGGCUAUCAGGGAGUUAGAGAAGAUGGUUGCAGAAUCAAGGCCACCUGCUAUGGAGAAUCAAGAGACUGAUACUUCAGCCCAGGCAAUUAAAAGAAGAUUGCCUACAGAAAUAAAGCUGAAGCUUGCCAAAGUUGCCAGACUAGCAGCAAGCCAAGGGAAAAUGUCAAAAGAGUUACUGAAUCGUCUAAUGAGUAUUCUUGGUCACUUAAUUCAGCUCAGAACACUGAAGAGAAACUUGAAAAUAAUGAUUAACACAGGCUUGUCAGUGAAGCAGGAGAAAGAUGAUAGGUUUCAACAGAUAAAGAAGGAGGUUGCCGAGAUGAUUACGACAUGUAUCCCUUCUGUGGAGUCUAAUGCAUUAGUUCAGCAAGCUGGAGCAUCUGAUGAUUUUCAAGAAAUUGGUUCUGAAGAAAAAGGGGCCCUUAAAAAGAAAUUUAGCAUGGAUGUUGUGUUGGAGGAUAAGAUUUGUGAUCUCUAUGACCUUUUUGUUGAGGGAUUGGAUGAAGAUUCAGGUCCACAAGUCAGAAAGUUGUAUGUGGAGCUUGCACAAUUGUGGCCAAGUGGUCUUAUGGACAACCAUGGGAUCAAGCGUGCAAUCUGUAGGGCAAAAGAGAGACGAAGGGUUGUAUACUGCAGAAAUAAGGAUCUGGAGAAAAUGAAGAGUAAAAAGAUGUUGACUCUUAAACAAGAGGAGGUUGUUCGAGCUGAGUCUGGUUUAGUUGCUCAGCCACAUGUGCAAGAAAGGGUGGCCAUGGAAAUGGCUGGUCCUGUUUUGGCUUUAGCUAGUAAGCCAGUUUCCAAUUCCGCAGCAGCAUCUGUUCGGUUACCCAGUCCUUCAGCAAACGGUCUUGUAGUGGACAAGCUCAAAGAGAAGCCGAAAGGGAGUUCAAGCAAUUCCAUGGAUGAAUCAAAGAUGGGUGUCGAUGGUGCUCUGACAAAGAAAAAGGUAAAGAGGAAACCAGAACAAGAGUUGGAUGAAACACAUCUCCGUUCAGAGAAGUUGCAUCCCCAAUCUAGUGGGGAAAGACACAAGUCACUUAAGCAUGCUUCUGUUCUUCCCCCCCAAAAGCUAAACCUUCCAUCAACUGCCCCUUCGAGUUUCGAACCAUCUAGCUGACUUAAUAAUAGUUCGACUAGGAUGUCUACACCAAAAAAGUGAUUGUAUAACAUAAGUCCUUUUUUCUUUACCUUUGCAUUUCUUAACAGCUUCAUCAAUUCUGACAAGCUGAUUGAUACCAUUUUUGCAAUUGAAUUGUCUUGUUUGGCGAGUUGUGAA